ACAAAAAAGAAUCAACUUCGCCUCGAAGACGAGAGCCAUCAUGGCGGAUCCGCAGCGUGAAGUGCCAACGCCUGCCGCGGACAUGAGCAGCAGCAGCUCGAGAAUUUCAUCUCCGCGUGUGUUGCCUGGCGAGCGCAGUCAAUAUCCUGUGGAUAUGGCGGUAGAUUUCACUCGAUUGCGGGUACGCAGGUGCAAAUUGAAGUUGCGCAGUGUUUCGACACUCGUUGCGCUUCGCUUCAAUGGAAAAGAUUGUUGCAAUGCAGUGAAAGACAUGCUAACGUUGUUGCUGACACUUUUGCAAUGGUGCAAUGUGUGUUGCGUCGGGUCGCUGCAGCCCAACGCAUUGCGCAAGUACAUGGCAUUCCAUGGCAUCCCAGAGGUGCCAGGUAGUUCAAAAGAGCAACUAGCAGUUGCUGUUGCCAGGUACGUUGCGUUUGCCAGUGCAAUUUCAGCCCAAUUUGCUGUCAUGCCAAUUGCUUGCGUGUUUGGCGAUCGUUUUGCAACAAUUUAGACACUUCAAUGAGGAGUGCAAGAAGGCGGAUGAAAGCUCCAGCAUCACAUCAUUCGUCCAUUACCUCACGGGCUCAACUGACACAAUGGAGGCAGCGGAACUGCUGCGAGCGCGGCCAACUCAUCGAUUGAAGCGCAAAAAGCAGGACUUUGACGAUGACAAAGAAAACCAGAGCCGACAGGGGACAUACCGCAACGCUGAAGGUGAUGGAUCUGUGUUGGCCGAGCAAGAUAUUGACGAUUUGUACGACUACGGCCAAGAAGACGACGAUGAGAUGCGUCCAUUUGAAGUCAAAAAGCGACGGUCGGCGAACCAUGACAAGAAAUCUCGCGAUGGAAAUGGCCGUGGAAGGGCAGAUAGUGUCGACGCUGGAGUCCUGCAGAAGAAAAAGAAACGGAAAGGACGACUGUACUGCGUUUGCAGGGGCGCGAGCUUCGGCAACAUGAUCGCGUGCGACAACAAGAGAUGCCUUGACCGGUCGAACUGGUAUCACAUGAGUUGUGUGGACCUUGAUCCGCUCGAAGAACCUCCCGAGACUUGGUACUGUCCAGCUUGUCAGGAGAACGACAGCGCAGACAUCCCAGAGAACCAAUACCGGAAACCAGUGGCGAGCGUCACGUACGGUGAUAUGAUUUCACACGCGCUAACCGUUUUACCCGGCGGAAAAGGUUCAUUUAAGGAGAUCUGCGACUUUGUCGAGACCGAGUAUGAGAGCCAACUCAACUGGAAGCUGGAAAGUGAUCAACGCAAGUCCCCCGUUUGGAAGUCCUCCGUGCGCAAGAUCCUCUUCUCCAACGUUCGCUUUCGGAAACACCCCGUGGACAAAGGCAUGUUCUGUUUGGCGGCCUGAGCAAGGCUUCUACACGGGUGCUUAUCGUCCAUUUUCACCAGUUUUUUUUUUUAUUUCUAACGUAGCGUCCCUGUCAUCACUACACCAAAGAAAUCAACUAACUUUCAAUUUAUGGGACACAUAAAUUCAAGUAUCACAAAAGCACACAAAAAACAAGCGAGCUAGCAGCAAGAGGACGGCAUCUUUACCACUUACGCAAGAAGGGGCGAGUCUCAUCCUCUUCUUUUUUUCACACUGCCUUCACUGUCUCCGUGGUCUCUCUACUGGUCGUUGGGGUCGAGGUCGGGCAUGUCUUCGUCGUCGCUGUCACUGCCGUCGUCCAUCAUUCCAGCCGCGUUCUGUGCCGCCAUCAUCUGGUUGAUGUCAAAGCCACCGCCACCGUUGAGUGCACUCAUGUCGAAGCCGCCCUGCUCCUCGUCAUCGUCCUCGUCCACAAACUUGCUCCAGUCCACCUUGACGUUCGUCUUCUCCAGGUGCUUGUCAGCUAGCAGACGCGGCCAGAACUCCUCGUCCUGAUUCUUCUUGACGAUGUGGAAGUGCAGGUUACGGUCCGUCUUGGCCCAGAUACUGUCCUUGGCCUCCACGUCCACUUCCUUGAAGAAGUCCAGCUUCACCUCGUACAACUGGCCGUUGCUCGUGCCCCUGUUGAAAAAAGCGGGAUUUUUUUUUUUGCCAUAACGGGUUAGACACAAUGGAUGCGAUUAGUUGCCAAAAGAUCUUCACAACGCACUUAAACGUGAGGUUCUUGUCGGUGAGCGUGACCUUCUCGUCCUUGACAUCCGGAAGGUCCACGGUCACGUACAGCGCGUCCUUGCGCUGCGCCCACUUGACAGGCGCCCACAAUGCUUUAGUCUCCGACAUGGUCGUGUGUCUAACUGUGAAGUGAUCUCUUUUUGCAGAAACUUCGGUACUGACGCGGCAGGAUUCGAGAACGUCUGGCCCCAA